UUUGAUACACCGGUAACGUUUUUGUUACUUUACAGUUUACGGCCUCGUUCUGACAUCAUUCUGACGGAAAACGAUCCAGUUGUGAUCGCGAGCGGCCUCUGGGCAUCCCAUUAAGGGCGUCAGCUUCUGUAAACAUAGAUAUAAAGAACCGCUUACCAAGCCUUAUUCAGGACUUCCUCUGUGUCACGCACAAAGACCUAUUUCGGAAAAUGCAGCUCGCUAGGACUCUAAACUUUGGGGCACGUCCCCGUGCUAUUUCACAACGUGCAUGCAUCGCUCCUGCUCGCAUCCGCACUAGAGUGGUUCGUUGCCGGGCCGACGGCAAGGAGACUGAUUCCAAGACUGAUUCAAAGAAGCUCGACUCCCUAUUGGAUGAGCUGCAAAAGAGUGGUGUCGAUAGCAAGAAGGCCCAGGCCGUGCUUAAGAAGUGGAAGGAGCUGGGUGUGGAGGACUCGGAGCAGCUGCGCAAGCUGCUGGUGAAGCGCAGCCUGCGGCCCGCCGGCAUCGUGGCCUUCCAGGCGGCUCUGGACGGCCUGGCCUGCUGGGGCGGCUUCUACACCUCGGGCCUGAUCGCCGACUCGCCGCCCUUCACCGGGCAGUUCCCGCUGCAGCUGCUGGCCAGCUUCUUCGGCUUCUACUACGUGCUGCAGGGCCUGCUGAACCUGUCCGUGGCCAGCACCCUGGCCUUCACCGCUUACAAGUACGGCACCAACAGCGUGGAGCUGCUGGCGGCGGUGCAGCAGCUGGCGGGGCCCGCCACCGGCCUCAACGUGCUGGACAGGGCGCAGGUGGCCGUGAACACACUCAAGGUGCUCCAGACACUGGACGAGAUUGCAGAGCUGCUCAAGAACAUGUCAUUUGCCUCCAGCCAGCGCUCCACGCUCCAGAACCUGUCGGCAUACCUGCAGCUGUCGCACGCGCGCGAGACGCUGGGCUUCGACCCCGCCCGCUACGGCCUGACCGCGGCGGAGGCGGGCGAGAUCGCCUACGUGUUCAGCUGCUACGACAAGAACGAGGACUACCGCCUGGAGCUCAGCGAGGUCAAGAGGCUGUGCCAGGACCUGGGCAAGGAGCUGUCGGACGAGGAGUACAAGGAGGCGCUGCGGCUGCUGGACACAAGCAAGAACGGCUUCGUGGAGUUCGACGAGUUCUGCGCCUGGUGGACCAAGUCCAAGGGCGCAGCCACCACCGCGUAAGCAGCUGGCAGGCGCUGACCGGGCGCCUUGUCGUGGAGUACGUGGAGCAUGGAGCGCGGAGGCGGAGGCGUAUGGCAGGGACGCAGGAUUGCGGCACAGAACUGUGUAUGUGUAUCAGGUGGCAUGAACAUCAGCAGCGGCGGGGAUAAUAUGCGGCUACAUAGCGUAGGCUGAGCACCAUUUUUGACGAGGGGGUGAAGGUGUGCCUGGCACGUGGAUUUGGACCCGGGAGGGGAGGGCUCAGCCCUUUUCCUGCCUCCCUAAGGCAGCCACCUCCUUGUUGACGAGGAAGCUGGAGCGAGUUACGUGUACGCUAUACACCAAACGCCGCUGCAUACAGUACUGUGACGCGGGUACGAGGGGUUGAGGGUGGUAUGUCCGUGCAAGAAGCGCGCGCUUUGCCGGAGUGUAUGCAGUGUCACUGAAAUGCAGUGCGCUGGCUGCAGCGGAAGUGUGGCGUUGUAUACCGGUACGUGGUUGGACUUUGCAAGCUGCGAUGCCUGUUGACGGGAACCUAUGGGUAUGCUGGGAUGGCGUGUUGCUGACUUCACAUGAGCAAAUCGAAUCUUGCAGGCGGCACAAGCUGACGACUGUAUUCACACAGAUGCGGCUGGCACGCAAACAGGGAUUCGGCUCACCACAGGGAGCUUGUGUAUUGUCCAUUGUGCCCGUGUUCAAGAUUGCGGGAAGUGGUCAACUUGUCGUGCAGGUUGGAUUGGAGACCGAAUGGUACCCAGAUGGUGCAGCUGUUCCAUAUCGGUUGGGUGCGUUUGUCCUAUGGUGCUGCUGUACUGCCAUAUCUAUGCAAAGUCCGGGACCUGAGAGCAGUCUGCUAAGGACCAAAGGUGCCGGCCAAAUUGGUGGUGGCUUAAGGCAGGAGGUAGGAUCGCCGGAACUUAACCCGUGCCUAAGAUCUAUAGAGCUCAACGCAAGCGUUCAGCUCUGAUGUAUAUAAGGGCUGUUGUGUUCCUUGGGGGGGGCUGUAAAAGGUCUGUUGU